AUGAGCAGCGAGAGGAUGUUGGCGGAGCUGGAGCAAGGCAGGGAGCGUGAGGGAGGGAGCCCCCGGGGCGGUGCACGCUGUCUCCCCCUGCUCAGCACCCUCACUCUGGUCGCCUUUCUGGCUGGCUGUGGGUAUCUCCUGCUCAGCCAGACCCACUCCCCAGCUCACAGCCAGGCUAACUGGAAGGCUGCACUGAGAGGAGCUGACGAUAUGUCCGCCAAUAGUGGUUUGCCUCGACUCAUGCAGCAGGUGGGGAGUGACCCCCGGCCGAGAAUCGCAGCUCACCUGACAGCCAAUCCCAUCCCCCAGAUUUCGGACGUGCUGACUUGGCAGGAGCAGGCAGGCAUAGCAUUCUCCUACGGUGUGGAGUUCUCCAACAACAGCCUCCUGAUCAAGCAGGCCGGCUUUUACUUCAUCUACACCCAGGUGGUCUUCCACUAUAGCCAGUGCGAGGACAACACCAUCUUCCUGAGUCACGACAUGCACAAGCUGUCCUUGGCCUACCCAGAGGAAACCAUCCUGCUCAGGGCCACCAAGUCAGUCUGCCAUCACGGCAGCCACUCUGACCCCUGGUUCAAGACCUCCUACCAGGGCGCCAUCUUCGAGUUUGAGGCGGGCGACCGGAUCUUCUCCCGGGUCUCCGAGAACGUGGUCAGGUACCUGGACAAGACCGAAGGCAAGACCUUCUUCGGAAUCUUUGCCCUGUGA